UACAAGCCCCGCCCUAACUUCCGGUCGAAGACUACUACCUGGCUGGACUGGCGAUGCUGAGAAAACCGUGAUAUAGAUUCACUACCAGACUGACUGCGACCUGUUAAACAAGUGACACUCCCUAGUUCCUGGAUCUCAGGUUCUUUCUUCCACGCGCUAACGUUGGUUAAACAAUAUGCUUCAACCAAUCCGGAACGAGAGGCAGUCACCGUGCGCCGCUCUCAUUGGUCAGAUUCGUCUAUCAAUCAAAAUGUCUUACAACGCGUAAACACAUCCCUGAAAAACAGUUUUUCAUCGCUUGAGUGACCAAACGUGUUUCUUUGCGCCGCAAAGUGGAUUAACCUUCGAAUAUGGCCAGAGGUCAAUGCAUCAAUCAGGAGCUCUCAAAUGUGCUGAAUGAAAUAUGGAAGCUUGAUGUGAACCGGAUGAAACCUGGAAAAGACUAUAAAAUCAACCUACAGGGGAAGGCUGGCUUUGUGGCUGAAGGCAGUAAUAAUGCCAGGGACAGUGCUAGAGCUCCACUCUUCUCCUACGUCAAUGAAAACAAGCUCAAAAGCAUUGAUACUUAUGCCCACUUCAUAAGUCUGCUUGACAAUUAUGAGAUGUCUACAGGAGUAAGUGAGCAUGUGACAAAAGAGGAGAUUCAGGAAAACCAUCUUUUCCUGGAUGCCAUUCUCAAGACAGAGGUCAUGAAGUGUGCCCACAGGUAUUUAGUGCGCAAAGGUCUAGCCCGGUCAGAUCUGGCUCAGUUUAAAAUCCAACUCUAUGACCUGUGGUUUAAGCUCUAUCGCAGAGACAAAAGUGGAGGUGAAGAUUCCUGUGGAUUUGAGCAUGUGUUUGUUGGUGAAACCAAACAUGGUAAAGAGAUCAUGGGCCUCCACAACUGGGUCCAGUUUUACCAUCAGGAGAAACACAAUCACGUGGACUACAAAGGUUACAAGGCCAGAAAUAACAAGGACACGCCGGAUGAGGACGAUCACGUCUUGAAUCUGCAGUUCAGCUGGAAUGGCCUGGUGAAGCCAGUGGGCAGUUGUUUUAUUGGCGUCAGCCCAGAGUUCGAGGUGGCUCUCUUUACUAUUGUCUUCUUUCUGUCUAAUGAGCGUGUGACUAACGUUACUGUGAAGGUGGAUGAGUACCUGCUUGAGAUUGUGGUGUACAGAUUCGGGCGCUCCAUUGGGACGUCAUACCCCAAAAUGAUCAGCAGCAACAACCGUGAUUUCUAGAUUCUAGAUCAAGGUCAUAUCUGGUACGAUUUGGACAAAUAAUCACUAUUGCAGUUUGAGGCUCUUAAAUUCCUAAUCUUGAGCUGUUAGUGUGACAUAUUUGUGACCUAUUUAGGAAUCUAAGGAAUCUAGUUUGUAAUCUACUGUGUAAUUUAGUUAUGUGCAAAAAAAACAACAACAAAAAAACCCAAUUGAAACACAUCUGUUUGCACUGUAAUUGGGUGAGCCUUAAUAUGCUUAGAAAUGUGUGUUUAGCCUACAAUCUAUAUAAACAGCUAUAUAGAUACAGCUUUUGAAUUAGAUGCACUAAAGUUAAUUUCAAAGAAUACACACAUUUUUUGUGUUAUGCUAUAUUGAUUUUUGCAUAAAAGUUCAGCAUAUACCAAAUAUAACUGCUUCAAGCUUUUAAGAAAUGUUUUUUUUGUAAACCGAGUUUGAAUUUGCUGCAAGACGUUGUUAAGAGAGGUACAAAUCAAAAAUGCAAGACAAUAAAGUGUAUCUUUUGAACAGUGGAGCACUGAACUGCACUAGAUGAAGUGGAAUGUGGAAAAUGUUUCUUCAUAAAAGAAGGAUAUAACUGACACUUUUGUUACUUAUCCAUCUUUGGAACAUAAAAUUAUUACGCACAAAAAUCAUUUCGAUUUUUUUUUUAACAAUGUAAACUAAAUGGAUACUUUGACGUAUAUACUAAAACAUUGCUGUUACAGUAAAAAAAUAUGUGCCUUACAUUUGUACAAUAAAGAUUUUUUCUGUUCA